CGACCCGUUGCCUCUUUCUCUCUAGGGCUCAAUUCGAUAGAAAGUAGAAAACCCUUUUCGACCAAAUUUAGGGCGCCAAAUAAUCAAAAUCAAGAAUUUCACAAUCUCGCUAUGGGUUUUCACGAGGAUUUCCAAGCCAGUAUUGAAUCCUUGCCAGUAAUUCUGAAUCGUCACUAUGCAACCAUGCGGGAUUUGGACAAAAGUUUGCAGGGAGUCCAACGACAAAAUGAACAACGCUGUGAACAAGAAAUGGAGGAAAUUAGGCGAGGAAUUGAAUCUCGUGAUAUCACUCCUGGUAGAUCUCAUAUCAAAUUUUCAGAUGAAGCUCUCGAUGAACAGAAGCAUUGCGUAAGGAUUGCUGAUGAAAAAGUGAAUUUGGCUACUCUAGUUUAUGAUUUGGUGGAUGAGCAAAUCUGCCUACUUGAUCAGUACAUGAAAAAACUCGAAGGCCUUCGGCAAGAGAGGGAACUCGCAGCUAGUGGUGGAUCCAGUGCCUUGAACAGUGAUGGGAUUACGAGAUCAGCAAGAUCUACUGAGAGCAGUAGAGGAGGGCGUAAAAAGACAAAAUUAGCAACGCCGACAGAGCAACCAAGUGCAGAUUUUGAAUUGCCAGUAGACCCGAAUGAACCAACAUACUGCAUCUGCAACCAAGUUAGCUGGGGGGAGAUGAUUGCAUGUGACAACCCUGAUUGUAAGAUUGAAUGGUUCCACUUUCAGUGUGUGGGUUUAAAAGAACAUCCAAAAGGCAAAUGGUACUGUUCGAGUUGCGUUGGGUUACCAAAGCGUCGCAAGACUAAAUGAUUUGCUUUCUGGCCCAAGAGUCAAUGUUAUUAUGGUCCAGGAUAGAAAGUCUACAUGAGCAAUAGCAAAGAGUGAGUUUAUCUGUAGUUAUCAACUCUAUGAAAGCCGGUGUUUCUCAACAUGCAAUCGAAUUCGAGUUCUACAGUCUAUGUUAUGGGUACUGAAGAUAAGGUUGAUUUCAGAUUGUGAGCUCGCAUCAGCUCAUUUGUAACGAUGGAUUGGAGCUCAUCAAAACAAUAUCUUGGGUUACAUGUUUAGUUUUCAAAUAGGGGUAGUUGCAUAUUUGACCACCUAUAGUAUCACUGUUUUGAAUUUACUACUACUCCGUUUUGGAAGACAAGACUCUUCGGUAAAAUUUUAUCCAGCUGAAAAUUUGGCAAAUAUUGCUCUUUCAUGAAAUUAGUGAGUCUGAGGGUGAAGGAGCCAAAAAAAUUUACCAAGGGGGUCUAUCUCCUAAAAUAAAACCACAAGUGUACUAAGUACAGAAUACCGAUACUACAGUGGGUCUAUGUGCAAUUAACCCUUCAAAUAUAACGAACAAUGUUGGCCUCUGGUUGUUGUAUCCUCCUAGCCUGAAAAUUCUGCUGAACAAAGUUCUAAAAUUUUACCAAAGAGUAUAUCUUCUAAAAUGAAGUAGUAGUAAAUUCAAAACAAUGAUACUAUAGGUGGUCAAAUAUGCAACUACCCCUAUUUGAAAACUAAACAUGUAACCCAAGAUAUUGUUUUGAUGAGCUCCAAUCCAUCGUUACAAAUGAAUUGAUGCGAGCUCACAAUCAGAAAUCAACCUUAUCUUCAGUACCCAUAACAUAGACUGUAGAACUCGAAUUCGAUUGCAUGUUGAGAAACACCGGCUUUCAUACGUACUGUUGAACAAAGUUCUAUUUUCUUGUUACCUUUAUACAUGCAUCACGUAUCCUGUGCGCUGGAAACAUAUUGAAACUCGUAUUAGAUUCUGAAGUUUUUGAGAAGUAACCCAAAAUGUGCGAAGGUUCUGCGAACCUGAAGAUACUUGUCCCAUUACAUUGUAUUUUUAUGUUACAGUGCCAAUCUAGUUACAUGUUCUUUUAUGAGAA